AUGUGCAACCUCGAUACCGAAGGAACCCAGCACGGCUGCGGCCACUAUGUUAUCACCAAGAAGCUCAGGAAGAACGACUGUGGCAGCAGGUGGUGUGCCGCGUCCGUCGCGCACCCAAAGGACUGCCGCAACUGUCAGUGCGACAAGUUCCUGGGGCCCGACGCCAGUGAGACCAUCACAUGCCGCACAGACGAGUACUGCUCGACGUGCCACUACUGGUAUCGCGGCCCCGGACGCGCAAUCCGUGCCCAAUGA